AUGGCGCCAAACAACUUCUUCACCAUGGGACCGUACCGAGCUCGUAAAGACAAAGCCCGUCUCAGUGUUAUCGACAAGUAUGAUGUCCAAGGGUAUAUAGCGGCAGGAACAUACGGUAAGGUUUACAAGGCAGUGGGGAAGCUGGGGAACGAUGUGGACAAACUGUAUGCUAUCAAGAAAUUCAAGUCGGAUUCCAAAGAUAAUGAAGUGAUGCACUACACUGGAAUAUCACAAAGUGCCAUUAGAGAGAUGUCGUUGUGUAAGGAAGUUAAACAUAAGAAUAUUUCAACUUUGAGAGAGAUCAUCCUUGAGAGGAAAUGCAUCUACAUGGUUUUUGAAUUUGCAGAACACGACUUACUUCAAAUUAUACAUUACCAUUCCCACCCUGAAAUGAAACCUAUAUCACAAUCAACUUUGAAGAGUGCAAUGUUUCAAAUUCUACAAGGACUAUCAUUUUUACAUCAGAAUUGGAUUUUACAUCGAGAUCUAAAACCUGCUAAUAUUAUGGUGACACACGAUGGUGUGAUCAAAAUAGGGGAUUUGGGUUUGGCAAGAAAGUUUAGUAACCAAUUACAAACGCUUUAUACUGGUGAUAAAGUCGUUGUUACUAUUUGGUAUCGAGCCCCUGAACUUCUUUUGGGCGCCAGGCAUUACACCCCGGCUGUUGACUUGUGGGCAGUCGGCUGCAUUCUUGCCGAGCUUCUAUCUCUACGCCCGUUGUUCAAAGGUGAAGAAACGAAAAUGGAUAAUAAGAAGCAUAUGCCAUUCCAAGAGAAUCAAUUAUUAAAGAUAUUACAAAUAUUGGGCACCCCAACACUGUAUGACUGGCCCUCAUUGAAUAAUUAUCCCGAGUACCCACAGUUACAAAGAUUCACUCUGUUUCCUUCCAAUAUUAAAGCUUGGUAUGCCAAUAAUGGAGGCAGUGACCCUAAUUGUUUUGAUUUGCUAAGUAAACUGUUAAUUUAUGAUCCUGCAGUUCGCAUCAAUUCUUUGGAUGCAAUGUCACAUAAAUGGUUUCUACAAAGUCCGAAGCCUGUACAGAAUAUAUUUGAGGGUUCAACGAUGAAGUAUCCAAGGCGAAAGAUACAUAAGGGCGAUAGUGAUAUUCUGGGCGGUGCCAACAAUUCCAUUUAUGGGGGUGCUGUGAGCAACGUCAAUGCUAACAGUCGGGCUAACAACAAGCGAAAAAUUCCCAAUUCUAACAAUGCCAAUAUUGGCAAUAUCGGCAGUAUAAACAUGAACAACAUGAGCAACAUGAGCAAUUCGCAAAUAAACCAGAAAAGAAACUAUGCUUUUAUGAGUGGACGGGGUUCUAACUCCAGCGGAUUCGAAGACAAUAGCAAAAGAAAAAGAUGA